UCAUCUGCGCCUUGUUGAUAGUGUAAAAACUUGGGCCACGUGUUUGCCUGUGUUUACACUCCUGCGUGCUGACGUCACGAGGGGCCCCGCCCUGUACGGCCAGCUGCCUGGCAACAUGAGGGGGAGAACAGGAAGAUCUGCCGCAGCCAACUGAACAACUUGCACACCCAGGUCACAAAACUCACAGAAACCAGUGUCAGUCCCACAAUGGAGGAUGCAGAGAAAGGUUUCCAGGAGCAUCCGGAUCCGGUCCCAGAGGUCGGAGAAGACGCCGUCACGUCCGUCGGUGCAGCCUCGGCUCCUCCCGCCAUCACAGAGGAUGAGCGUCUGGAGCUGCAGGAGGAGCUGUCCAAGGUGGAGGAGGAGAUCCAGACGCUGUCUCAGGUGCUCGCAGUCAAAGAGAAGCGUCUGGCGGACAUCAAGAGGAAACUGGGCAUCACUCCUCUGAACGAGCUGAAGCAGAACAUCUCCAAAACCUGGCAGGAGGUCACCACCUCCACUGCCUACAGGAGAACAUCUGAGACUCUGUCUCAGGCCAGCCUGAAGGCCACGACAGCCUUCUCCAACAUGGGAUCAGCCAUCAGCCGCAAGUUUGAGGAUGUCAGAAAUGCACCGACCUUCAAGUCUUUGGAGGAGAAAGUUGAGACACUGAAGACCAAAAUCACUCCAUCAGGACCCGGCAGUGAUCCCAGUAACCCUGACAGCCAGGACGGUCCCCAAUCCGAGUCUCUGAGCGGUCAGCCAGAAGACCCCCCCGCCGAGGACACGCCGCUGAAAUGAGACCAGCCUCCUUCCUCAUGUGACCCCCCCUCGUGUGCCAGUCUCCCUUUAUUGGAAACAAAUGACACCAGCCUUCCCUGUGAUCUAAUUGUCUGAUCGCUUCUCCAGAUUCGCUAGCUUCUGAGAGCUCCGGCAGGCGCUAUCUGAGCAUGCUCAGACCGCCUGCAUGGGGAACCCUUCCGUGGGGUUUUCUCCAGUUUUUUUUCCCCUGCACUCCUACAAAACGCCAAACAUGUUCCAGUUUAGUUAAUCUCCAUCAAAUCCCGCUCCUUCAGUUGUAGAAGAUUGCACAAUCACAAAGGUGUUCUUUAUCAGAAGAUUUUGUUUGUGUGAAGAAGUUAGUUAACUCACUGUGUUAUUAGACCUUACUGUUCAAAUCUCGUGUUUGUUUUAGGGCCGUUUUUGGUUCAUUUGGGGAUUUAUUAGCCAAACUGUUUGGUUGUCAUCGUUGUGUUGAAGCACAAAAUAGUCUGAACACUGUUUCCAAACAAUGAAUGUAUGCUUGCUUUGUGUGCAACAAAGUGUGUCACUUGCACAACAUUUGGAAGGAAAUGUGCACACUGUCAUGACCUUGUCGUAGCCUCCGAUUAAAGCGGCCGCUUUCUCGUGAAGAGAUCAGCGCAGCGGUGGGGGGGCAAACACAUAGCUGAGGUUCAGCCUUGACCCGAGGUGAGACUGGAAUAACCGUCUGUUCUACAGCCAGCGAGAGUCAAUAUUUAAACACUCGUUCAUUGUUCCUGCCAGGGAGGCGACAGCGAGCCUCCACACAUUCUGUGUGAUACAUUAAACAAAGGCAUGGCAAAGGGAGCCGCUCUGGGUGUUCAGCACACUGAUGCAACACAGAAACAUAACAAAGAAGGUGCCAUGUCCUCCAUUUUUGUCAUGAGAGUCAUUUCCAAAUUAAUACUGUCAAACUGCUGCAUUACAUUAUUACAGUAUUUAAAGAUUGUUUCAACCUAAGUUACAAGUGUCAUCUCUUCUACAAGGUGUCAAAAUUACUGAUCAAAUGCUGUUGUAGAUCAAUUAAAGUGGAUGAACACAAACCGCCUGGUUUUCCUUGUCAAACAUUCGCCCUCUGCUGGACACGAGCCAAACUACAUCCUGCAGUCGGACCAGAGGCCCAGAAAGGAUGCAACUCAUCUCAUCGUUUUGGGGUUCUCUGGUCUUUAACAUUAAAGGUGUCUUUAUGUAACACAGCUGCAGUGUUUGUAGCAGCCUUUUGUCCAAGUGAGAAAUGAAUGGAAUCACAAAUCUUGGCACUCUUCUUCGUUUUUGAAUUUUUGUCAUUUGUUUGCAUGGCAAUAAAAAUAAAAUAAAAUGUGGCAAAGAAUAA